AUGAUGGAUCCAGCAGGCAUCCUCUGGUGGCCGCCCUCCGCCGUCGUCCUCAUCACCGCUACCGCCGUCGCCACGGUAUCCCUUCUCGCCCUCGUCCGGGCCACCCUCUGGCCGCGCCGGGGCAAGGUGCUGCCCAGUCCCCUGCGAACAGUCAUCCCGGCGGCGUCGAGGGCCGACCUGGACAAGCUCGUCUACCAGCCGGACAUCUUCCCCGGCGCGCGGGACGUCGAUACUCCCUACGGUUCCGUCCGCGUCUACGAGUUCGGCCCCGAGGACGGCCAAAAGGUGCUGUUCGUCCAUGGCAUCAGCACCUCAUGCAUCACCCUGUCGAGGAUUGCCCAUGCCUUGGUCGAGCGUGGCUGUCGCGUCAUGCUCUAUGACCUCUUCGGCCGCGGCUUCUCCGACGGCGUCGGCGACCUCCCCCACGACGCUCGCCUCUACUCGUCCCAGAUCCUCUGCGUCCUCGCCUCCAGCUCGCUCGCUUGGACCGGCGCCGACGCCGUUCGCCUCGUCGGCUACUCGCUGGGCGGCGCCAUCGCCGUCCACUUUGCCAACGCGUUCCCCCACCUUGUCUCGAGCCUCGUCCUGCUUGCUCCUGCCGGCCUCAUCCGCCCCGAGUCCUUCGGCACCGUCGCCCGCUUCGUCUUCUCUUCCGGCGUCGUACCCGAGCCCAUCCUCGCCCGAGUCACGAGAAGGAGACUGCAGAAGCCUAUUGCCGCCUCGCGCCUGUCGAAGAACGCGGCCGUUGCCGUCUCCGAGGCGUCAAACCUCGGCGAGAAAGGCGAGACGACGCCGUUGGAGGACCGCGUCCUCGAAUACGUCCGCUGGAUGGUUCUCCACCACCAAGGCUUCGUCCCGGCCUUCAUGUCCUGCGUUCGUUUUGCCCCCCUGACCGAGCAGCACGGUGCCUGGCGCCAGCUGGCAAACCGCAGGCCCGGCACCACCGCCGUCCUCCUUGCCGAGACGGACGAGAUCAUCGACCUCGACGACUACACACGGGAGGGUCUCCCCCUUGCUGGUGGCAAAGAUAGCGUCGUUUGGAGAGUCAUGCCCGGCAGUCACGACUUUGUCAUGACCCACGUCGAGCCCAUCAUGAACGAGCUGGACGAGCUCUGGGGUAUGGAAAAGCGUCCGUGUAGCGAUCCGUGCUCUUCUGGCGGACCAAAGGUUUGA